AUGCGCAGGGAUACGUCGACCGGCGUGGCAAAGGCGAAAACCCGAUCAGGGUGGGUAGAGGAAGAGCAAGCAAAACCCAAUCAGGGUGGGUAGAGGAAGGAAGGAAAGGGGGAAAGGCGAUGGCGAAGAGAAGCAACUAGCGACGCGAAGCCGAAGCACGGCAGGCGAAGAAAGCAAAGCAACACCACCGCGACGGAGCCCAUCCGACCCGCCGUCGCCACCUAGCGCUCCUCGCCUUCGAUCGGAAGAGGUCUCAUGGAGCAGCGUACCUCCCCCGAUCGGAGCGACGUCCCGGUCGGGGAGUGCGAGUGGAGGGAGGAGCUGCGGCAGCAGCAGUCUCAGGUCGACGCGCUGCGCGAGAGGCUGGUGGAGGUGAAGGUCGGGAUGCGGUGCUCCGAGGGCGACUCCCGGAGGGAGCUGGAGUACCUGUGCCGCAGGAUGAAGACCAUCGCCACGCUGCUGGCGUACCUCAAGUCCAAGGCCAGGAUCAUGGCGAUACCGCACCUCGCGCACACCUCCUGCGGGAUAAGGCACCAGGACGGCGUGGGAUACGUCGACCGGCAUGGGGUGCGGCUGGCGGAUUGGCCCAAGGGCGCCGAGCCCGUGUCCUGUGGAGGUUCGGAUGACAAGAUGAUGGUGGAGAGUAGUGGUGCUCCUGAGCAUGGUGAUGCCAGUGAGGGGGAUUUGGAUGUGGAUGACAUUCUCAAAUCCAUCCGUGUGGUAACGGAUGUUAUGGAGUCACUUGUGAAGAGAGUAAUUGUGGCUGAAUUGGAAGUUGUUAAUGAGAAAGAGAAGGUGAGGAUGGGGUUAGAAGAGAUCAGGAGGAAGACUUUGCAGGUUGAGACCAUGUCUGCGAAAGUCGAGGAGAUGGAAAAAUUUGCAGUGGGUACAAAUGGUAUGCUAAAUGAGAUGAGGCAAAGGGUUGAAGAUAUGGUGCUGGAGACCACUCGGCAGCGGCAGCGUGCUGCUGAAAAUGAGCAGGAGCUCAGCCGAGUGAAGCAGGAUUUUCAGUCGCUGAGAACUUAUGUUAGCACUCUUGUUAGUGUCAGAGAAACUCUUCUCUCAUCAGAGAAGCAAUUCGAAACAAUGGAGAAACUUUUUGACAGGCUAGUUGCCAAGACUAACCAGCUUGAGAGUGAGAAAGCUCAGAAAGAAGCCGAAGUCCAGAAGGUAAUGGAGGAGAAUGUGAGGCUACGUGCCAUGCUUGAUAAGAAGGAGGCGCAGCUUCAGGCGAUGAGUGAGCAGUGCAAGUUCAUGGCGCUGAACCACCGCAAUUAGCUGGUGAUGGACCUGAGGCGGCUGCCCUUGCGCUACUGAUGUACCUUACACACUACAAUUACAUUGUUGUGACAGAGAAAGAAAAACAAGAACAGAUGCCGUGAGGUAACUCAUGCUACAGUCUAGUUCCAGGGCUGUGGCUCUUGACGCAACCAAUUGUUUCUUUUGGUGUGCUGGUCUGCUGGAAUUGUAACUCUCCUGAAAAAAGUGUGUAGUGUAGAAUACUGGAAGCAGUCUGUCCCAUUUCGUAAGUUCACUGAGCUAUUGGUAUAGUUUGGUUGAUAAAAUAAGGUAGUUUAAAUUUUUAUUUUUAAUUUAAAAUAAAAAGUAGAUGACUCAAUUAAAUAUCUUUAAUCCACUCACAGUUCUAUAUCUAAGAUUUAUUGGAGCUAUAUUUGAUCAGUUUUAAGAAAUCUUAGAUCUAGAGCUAUACCAAACAGAGCUAUCCCUGUGACAUCAAUGUGUUUUCGCGUUGCUUUAGCCUGCUAUUAAUAAGGGGAAUUCGCUUUUUUGCCACUGGU